AUGUUACUUCGGCGUCUUCAUCUCAUUGAUAUUCAACCAUAUGAAUUUGAUAAAUUAUUAUCUAAUCGUUUAAUAAAACAAUUACAUACUUUAAUCGUUGAUGUAACAGAUUCUAAUCCAUUCAAGUAUCAAGUUGUCGAAGGAGCAUAUCUGGCUAAAGUUUGUGCAUGUCUGCCUGCUCUAAAAAUCUGUGGACUUCCAUUUAAUUAUUGUUGGAGGAGUCAUGAACAAUUAGAAAAAUAUUCAGCACCGCCACACAUGAGUUUACCAAAUCUUUCGAAUACAGUAUAUCUUCAUACAUUGAUCCUUGGUGUAAAUACAUCACAUUUUCUCGUACGUUUAUUAGCUUGUGUACCGUUCAUUCAAAAUCUUUCUAUUGUGGUGGAAGAUAGAAAAGUGAUUGACGACGAAAAGUUGCCUUUGGCUGUUGAUGCUCGUCAUAGUCAUUAUCUAUCACGUCUUACCGUUAAAUGUAUCGGUGGCAUAAGUUUUCACCGAACAACUGCACUUUUAUCAUCUGUAUUUGGGCAACUUAAUCAUCUAUUUUUAAGUAUAGAUGCAUAUACAACAACAUCUGAUCUAUUAUUCAUAUCGGGUGAUAUGAUUCAACAAGCCUGUAUCGAUCGUCUCAAACCAUCGGUGUCUUAUGCUCUCGAUUUAUCACUCCAUGUCGAAGAUGACUUAGUAGGAAAAAAAAUUCUUAACUCAUUUAUAAAAGCUCCAUUUUGCCGUCGAGAACGGCCGAUGGUGAUUAUUCAAGAAUGCAACUAUUGUAUGCUUGAUCAACGUGAUCAUGGGUUUGUCGUAUAUACAUUGCCAUAUAAUGGUACAAAGCUUGAAACGUACUUUUUUUCCAAACAUAUGCAAGUAUCUUCUCAUAUGCUGAUCAAUCCAGCAGAUUCAUUUCCAAGAGCUAAUGAAUUAUCCAUUAGUGGUUUUACACUUACGAUUCCUCUUCGAGAUAUCGACUAUUCUAGAAAUUCUAUGCAGUCAUUUGUUCCAUAG